AGUCAAAGAUCCGUUACUUCCUUUGCAAAUCUCGCGGCAAUGCAGCGAGCGAGAAGGUUAGCUUCGUCAUUCCUCAACCAGAGACAGCUGCUCUGCCUCUUUCUCACCUCCGACUUCUCGCCUAAUCCGCCUUAAUUUCGUUCAUUAGUAUAAAAUUUAUAUGAAUUACGAGAAGAAUCUGAAAAGGCCACUGCUUCUGUCGGUGUCCUCAUUCGCCCAAACACACCUUUUCUUGGUUCCACCAGGGCUCAUCUGCCGAUUGGGACCAGAUCCAGCUCCGGCUUCACCAUAAAAUCUGAGCUCUGAACCACAUUUUUCAGUUUGAGCAUUGCUGAGAAUUUUCUCUGCAAAAUUACGGUUUUCUGGGCGGCAUUGCUGAUAAAACCCUAGGAAUCGAAUUUGAGGUUGAUUAGGUUGUAGGUGGAGAGCAAAUGGGACAGCGUUCUAAGUCCAAAGGAUGGUGCGGCUGGUUUAUUGUUCUAGUUGUGGCGGCUCUCGUUGCCGCCGUCAUCGUAAUCUCUAUCAGGAAGAGAUCGGACCACUCUGACAAGGCUGCUCCGGUGCCUGGGCCUCCCGGCGCCAUUGAUAAGAAAUACUCCGACGCUCUCAAACUUGCCAUGCAGUUCUUCGAUAUACAAAAAUCUGGUAAGUUGGAAAACAAUAAGAUAUCAUGGAGAGGAAAUUCUGCACUUCAAGACGGAAGUGAAGCUAAAUUAGAUCUUUCUAAAGGGAUGUAUGAUGCUGGGGAUCACAUAAAGUUUGGUUUUCCAAUGGCUUUUACUGCCACAGUGUUGUCAUGGGCGAUCCUUGAGUAUGGAGAUCAAAUGGAUGUCGUGGAUCAGUUGGAACCUGCCCAAGACUCUCUCAAAUGGAUCACAGACUACCUUAUCAAUGCUCAUCCUUCCGAGAAUGUGCUCUAUAUUCAGGUGGGAGAUCCUGAAGCAGACCAUAAAUGUUGGGAAAGGCCUGAAAACAUGAAAGAGAAAAGACCUCUCACACAGGUGAACACAUCUGCUCCAGGAACAGAUGUUGCUGCUGAAACUGCAGCAGCCAUGGCAUCAGCAUCUCUGGUGUUUAAGACAAGCGACUCUUCCUAUUCAGACACACUUCUUAAGCAUGCCAAACAACUGUUUAAUUUUGCUGACAAAUACAGAGGUUCCUACAGUGUCAGCAUCCCUGAAGUCCAGAAAUAUUACAAUUCAACAGGAUAUGGAGAUGAGCUCUUGUGGGCAGCUAGCUGGCUCUAUCAUGCAACAGGAGAUCAAGCAUACCUUAAAUAUACUGUGCAAAAUGGAAAUGCCUUUGCUAACUGGGGAAGUCCAACCUGGUUUAGCUGGGAUAAUAAGCUAGCAGGAACUCAGGUUCUUUUAUCCAGGGUAAGCUUCUUUGGAGGAAAAGGCAUCUCAAACUCCGAGAAUUCUGGCCUCCAGAAGUACAGGAAAACAGCUGAGGCUGUUAUGUGUGGCCUCCUUCCAAAAUCUCCGACUGCCACAAUCAGCAGAACAGACAGUGGCCUGAUAUGGGUCAGUGAAUGGAAUGCUUUGCAACAUCCUGUGGCUUCUGCAUUUUUAGCCGUUCUUUAUAGUGAUUACAUGCUUUCAUCUCGGACUGCAAAGCUAUCCUGUGAUGGAGAUUCCUACAAACCAUCCGACCUUCGGCACUUUGCUAUUUCACAGGUUAAUUAUGUCCUGGGAGAGAAUCCUAUGAAAAUGAGCUAUCUAGUUGGGUAUGGGGAUAAAUACCCACAAUAUGUGCACCAUAGGGGUGCCUCAAUUCCAGCUGAUGCAACCACUGGCUGCUCUGAUGGCUUCAAGUGGCUCAAAUCAAAGGACCCCAAUCCCAAUGUUGCUACUGGAGCUCUUGUUGGCGGGCCCUUCAAGAACGAGUCAUUUGUUGAUUCUCGAAACAACUCCAUGCAAGUGGAACCAAGCACAUACAAUGGUGCUGUCAUUGUUGGCCUCCUUUCGAGUUUGGUUACCACCUCUUCAGUGGUUCAAUCUUUCACCUAAAGCAGCCUUGGUCCAUGACAGACUGCAUAUUGUUUGUAUUAUAUGUAGAUGUAUGCACGACCUGUCUCUGCAAAAGUCUGAUGUUAGGCCUUUUGCUCGACUGCGCAUGCUUUUUUUUACUUGUGCGAGUAAACCUCAAAUGUAAUACUUUUUCCCAAUAGUGAUUAUGCAAAAUUUCCAUCCAUAGGACCA